ACCUACCUAAAGUUAAUUUUACAUCGCGUUUAUCUUUUCCACAUGAGCGGUUUUCGAAGUUUAGUAAUUUUUAUAUGCCUUGAACUUCGCACAAGUUAUCAAUUUUAUGGAAGGUUGUCGAAGUGAAACGUAGCCGGUUUUUUGCAUUGAAAAUUAUAGCGACGAGCAAAGUGCAAUAUAUAGGGAAAAAUGAAUAAACUACUUGGUUUAUCGAGGAAUUUCUCCAAUUCUUCGUCGUUCAAUGCCAUCAAAACGGUCACAGUGGUCGGCGGUGGGCUCAUGGGAUCCGGAAUAGCCCAGGUUGCAGCACAAGCCGGCCAAAACGUGAACCUAAUAGACCUUAAACCUGAGUUACUGGAGAAGGCUCAAAAGUCAAUACAGAACAAUCUGCAUAGAGUAGCACGGAAGAUACACAAAGAUGCUCCGGCAAAGAUUGAGGUUUACGUCAAAGAUGCAAGCGAGAGAAUCAAGGUGUCAACCAAUUUGGAGGAUGGUGUCAAUGCUGACCUGAUUGUGGAAGCCAUUGUUGAGAAGCUGGACGUGAAACAAGAGCUAUUUAAUAAACUUGAUCAGUUGUGUCCAGAACAUACAAUCCUUGCUAGUAACACAUCAUCCAUUUCUAUUAAUGAAAUCGGAGCUGGAAUCAAAAGAAAAAACAAAUUUGGUGGUCUGCACUUCUUCAACCCAGUGCCCGUGAUGCGUUUGCUGGAAGUCAUCAAGAGCGAGCAGAUGUCUGAGGAGACUUACCAGGCUAUGAUGGAGUGGGGCAAGUCGGUGGGCAAGACUUGUAUCACGUGUAAAGAUACCCCAGGGUUUGUGGUCAACAGGCUCCUUGGACCCUACAGUGCCGAAGCUUUGAGGAUGUAUGAGAGAGGAGACGCUUCAAAGGAAGACAUAGAUAUAGGCAUGAAGUUAGGCGCAAGCUACCCAAUGGGUCCCCUAGAACUCGCGGACUAUACUGGUUUGGACACCAACAAGUUUGUACUGAGCGUUCUUUAUGAGAAAACUGGUGAUCCCGUCUUCAGACCCAUACCGCUUUUGGAUAAGAUGGUAGCGGAAGGCAAACUUGGCAUUAAGACUGGAGAGGGUUUCUAUAAGUACAAGAAGUAACAUGUUUGUCUGAUUUAUUUAGGGUUCCGUAUCCCCAGAGAUAUAUAAAAGAACCAUCAAGACCCGUUAAGGGUAUCAAAAUAUAAAUAGGGUACUUUCCGUUGACCUAGAAUCAUGAGCGUAGCAAUGUCUUAUAGCACAAAGUAAACGGGAAAAUCCGAAAACCGUGAAUUUAAGAAAAAAG